GGCAUAGGUGGCACUGAGUUUAUCAUCAUCGAAGAAGUCGGAACAUCGGAGCUUCAAUGUUCGCUUAAUCAUAUUUCAACGUGAGGGUGGUAUCACGUGCAAGAGCCAUUCUGAUACAUUCCUGCUGAAUGUUUCUUUUUGGCCUUCAACACCGUCAUUUCUCUGGAAAACUAAGUGAAGUACAGCAAUAUUUUGAAUCAUAUACUUGUAUUCAUUCUUUGAGCCGGACUGAUACCCAAUGAUCCAUCACAGGAAGCAUCACCUUCCAAUCCAACCAGAUGUUCCUAUCAAAAAUGACCUCGGGAGGCACAUCGACCUGUAUGGGUGUGUUCAACACUUUUGAUUUCCAGAAAUCUCAAUAGAGUUCAAAAGAGAUGAAUAUCAUUCCCUCAAUUGAUAUUCCAAUCAGAACAUUGAAGCCAUAUCCUUACGCACAUUAUAUAUAUACAUCGUCAAACAAAGUUCAAUCACAAUCAUUCAGUCUGAACAUACGAGUACAGAUUUGACAUUUGUUUAGUAACAAUGCACGGAUACUUUGCCACUAUACGCCGCAAUCGGGUGUUCUGAGCUUCUGAUGGGUUCCCACACACCUGAGGCUAUCUUUCCUUUGCUCACCGAUAGAUUUCCUACAUGAGCCAUGAUUACUUUCCAUACCCCCGGAUAGGCCAUCAAGUCUCUAAGGCUGAAAGUCCCCGCAUCUCACACUCCAUUGCAUAUCCAAUCCUCGGAACUCCCCUCAUAGAUUUGCGGAUGUAGGCGUGAAAGCUACAGACCGACUCAAAUGUAUUGAGCCCGAAACGAUAGGUUAUCUAUUUAGCGCUCACCACAUCUAUCGAGUUACCAGAAGUGUAUCAAGAUGAUAAUGAAGGAUGUAAGUUAUCAAGCAACACGAUAUCAGCCCGGGGUAAUUUACCACAUUAGCAUGAUACUAGGCCCAUCGAGAGGCUAGGUCCGGUGAGGAUUAUCUUUUGGAACGUCUAACUGGUAAAUGAGGGCCAAUAUCGGAGCUGCCAAGUGGCCAAGCCAAAAAGUUAGCAGCUUGGUUGCUUGGCGGUAAUCAGCACUUCCACACGAACAAAUAGAAUCUUCAAAUUUUUGAUUGUCAGAAAGAUAAGACUUUUCAAUGCGGGCGAAUUUCAGAGAGGUAUAUAGUUAUUGCUGUGGUACAGUGUCUUGAUUUCAGUGAAUUCUGUGUUUCGGAACGAACCGACCAGAGAUCUAACUACAAUCCAUUCUAUUAUCUCGUUGAGAAUUUCCUGGUUGAUCAUGGUUGGUUGGGAUACCAAACUCAACGAUGCUGUUGCCGGCAGCAUCGUCGGAAGAAGAUUUCGUCUUGAAGGUUCUGGUCAUGUAAAGUCAAGAGAGGGGUCAAGAUUUCUGACAGAAAUUCGUGCUGGAUUGGCGACAUUCUUCGCAAUGGCAUACAUUAUUUCUGUUAAUGCCACCAUUCUCACCGAUAGCGGUGGAACUUGCGUUUGCACCGACACGACUGAUCCUACUUGUGCCAACGAUGUUGACUACAAUCUCUGUCUUGGAGUUAUCCGUCGGGAUUUCAUCACUGGAACUGCUGCCAUCUCUGCUCUAACGUCAUUCUGUAUGGGACUAUUUGCAAACAUGCCAAUUGCAUUGGCUCCAGGGAUGGGUCUGAACGCUUACUUUACUUACACGGUCGUUGGAUUUCACGGACUCGGGCCCGUUUCAUAUAGACUUGCCCUCACUGCGGUCUUUGUUGAAGGUUUUGUGUUUGUAGCAUUAUCGUUACUUGGAUUGAGACAAUGGCUAGCGAGAAUCAUCCCCGCUUCCAUCAAACUCGCUUCUGGAGUAGGAAUCGGUCUUUAUUUGACAAUUAUUGGUCUUGGAUACAGUGCAGGUCUUGGUGUUAUCACAGGGUCUCAAUCUACCCCCCUUGAACUUGCAGGAUGCGUCGCUAGUGCUUUCGACGAGACCGGUGUUUGUCCUGGAUCCACUAAGAUGCGUUCGCCUACUAUGUGGAUUGGAAUAUUCUGUGGUGGUUUUGUGACUGCAAUUCUUAUGGCAUAUCGCGUUAAGGGUGCAAUCAUUGCUGGCAUUUUGUUGGUAGCGAUCACCUCCUGGCCAAGAAAUAGUUCGGUCACCUACUUUCCACACAACGAUCCUACCGGUGAUUCCAAUUUUGACUUCUUCAAGAAAGUUGUUACGUUCCAUGGGAUUCAGGAGACACUUGUGGCACAAGACUGGGACGUGGCUGGCGUUACAGGACAAUUUGGCCUGGCUUUGAUUACUUUCCUCUAUGUCGACAUUUUGGAUUGUACGGGAACACUGUAUUCCAUGGCACGCUUUUCCGGAGCCAUUGAUGAAGAGACUCAAGAUUUCGAAGGUUCAGCUGUAGCAUAUCUUGUCGAUGCUUUCGGCAUUUCUAUCGGCUCACUUUUUGGGCUAUCACCAGUUACGGCAUUCAUUGAGUCCGGCGCUGGAAUUUCUGAGGGUGGUAAAACUGGUAUCACUGCUAUGGUUACAGGCAUUUGCUUCUUUAUUUCGAUCUUCUUCGCGCCUAUUUUCGCUUCCAUUCCACCUUGGGCUACAGGGUCCACUCUGAUUAUCGUCGGUGCCAUGAUGUGCAAAGCUGCCAAGGAUAUCAACUGGAAAUAUUGGGGCGAUGCACUACCAGCUUUUAUUACAUUGGCUGUGAUGCCAUUCACAUAUUCUAUUGCAUACGGUUUAAUUGCCGGUAUCAUUUCAUACACGAUUAUCAACACCACAACCUGGGCAUUAGAAAAGAUUUCCGGUGGCCGUAUUGUACCAUACGAUAAGGAGUUCAAGGAGCCAUGGACAUACAAGAUCAAGGGUGGUAUUCUGCCAGCUUGGCUUGUAAGAGCUUCGAAGGGAAAGAAAGACUUUUGGCACGAGGAUCCACCGAUCAACACUUCAUCAGCGGGUUCUUUCUCGGCUGGGGAUUAUGCGGAUAAAUCACGUGUUGAACCUCAACCUGUAACUCGUGCCAUCGAUGAGUCGAAGGCUGGUGAGAAAUUGGCUUAAUAUGUGUCUCUCGUUUCAAUUUUGAAAAGAAUUUGUAGAAUAUGUUAUAAAGAGCGGGAAAUGAUUAUCGGUGUUGAAUGAGGGAUUGGAGAUACCUGGUGGGAAAAAUAUGGAAAGCGAGGGUUGAGUACCUUCCUAUAUAAUUAUAUUACUUUAAGCAACAAACAAUCAACACUACUUGUUAAUAUCAAAAUAUUACU